ACACAGACUCACACAUCUUAUUUAGAACUAAAAGAAAAUACAUAACAUUCUCCAUAUUUAAAUGUGACUGGUAUUCGGAAAUACAAUUCUUAUGAUUUUUUACACAAUUUAUAAUGGAGUUAAAUAAGACUUGUGUUGCUCUGCCGGGCCACACAAAAUUCAUAGAUAAUCGCACGGUUUUUCCGGUUGUGGUAAGUGCAAAACGUUUUGAUGCCAUUAUGGGUAGAUCCCGCAUGGACAAGAAGCAUGCAGAUCUCGCUGCAGCAGAGGAGGAGCGUCGUUAUAUGCAAUAUCUCAAGGAGGGAAGCGAUUGGGUCUGCAGCCACUUCACAAAUGUUGGCGCCCAAACUAUGGAUGAGGCGAAGAAAGCAAAACUUGACCAGGAACUGAAGGAGGCUGCAAUCUUGGAACAACAAGUCAGACUUGAGGAUGCUAAACUCCGGAAAGAGCGAAUCAUUCGAGCUAACCGAAUUUUGGAAGACUUGAAGGCGGGUCAAAGAGCUCUACAUCAUGCGGCAGUCGAAAGCGAGGUGAUCCAUCAGCGAAGGUAUAACGAAGCUGUCAAUCGGGAAAUUUUGGAGGAUGCACUACGUCAGCAGCGCCUGGAUGAAAAGCAGUGUUCUGAGGCAUUGAUACCAUUCUGCAGUGUCACCGAGGAGCAGGAAAAAGCCAAAGAACAGGAAAAAUCACGGGCAUUUCGCACUUAUCUAUUAACUGAUAUUGAGGAGAGACGAAAGCGCAGGCUGGCCGAAAAGGAGCAGGAGGAAUGCGAUAUCAUAGUUGACCGUGCACAGUAUAAAUGCCUGCACGAUGUGGAAAAGAAGGCUGCUGAGGAGCUGGCCAAAAAGAAACGCGAAUUCUGCUGUCGUGCCUAUCAUGAUGCGCUCAAGGAGAAGGCUGAUAUAAAAAAAUAUGAGAGUAUGUGUGACCAGAUCGAUGAUCGCGUAAUCUGUGUGGAUACGACUAGACGCCGCAAUUUGGAUGCUCGAUACAGUAAGACUCUCAAGGCAAUGAUAGCUAACAAAAUAAAAGCUCGGGAGGAUCGCGCUAUCCAGCUUUGCCGCAUGCAGCAGGCGAAUAAGCGAAACGACCAGGAAUUGCAAGACAAUGUCCAAGAACGCUAUGAAACCGAAGUGCAAAUGGAUGAGGGACGUCGCCAAUGUCAACUAGAGGAUCUGUCCAAGCAGCGUCGUGCCUACGAGUUGGAGGAGCGCAAACAGAACGAAGAGAGCAAACAGAGAAUGGCACAGAUUCGUCGCUAUAAUAUUGCAGAACGGUUCAAGAACCAGCAGACCAAUAAGCUAUUCUACAACACUCAGAGACAACAGCACAAUAAAGCAACAGCUGACUUGCGUAAUAUAUUAAAUGGCCAGCGGGAAGAGUUCCUGAAGCAGCGUCAAGACGAGCUCAUGAGAAUGACAGCCUGCCAGGAGGAUCCUAAUCUUAAAGAAGACGUGAUGUUCUUCCAGGACGCAGUAAAGAUGAUGACUGAAGCUCGUAAGGUGGGACGUCCUGUUUUCCCGAUGGCAACUGCAGUGGAGUUUUAUCGACGCAAGAACCAGAUAGACAUGGUUCCCGAGGGUCGGUCGGUGGGAAGGAGCAGACUGCGUGACUAUUGCUGGCCCGGCUACUUCUCCAAGGCAGACUUGGCAUACAGGAAGUACGAACACCGUGAGAAAUGCCGACAGGAGCAGGAGAAGGAUCGCCAUUCCAUCUUUGCCAACUGUAUCAAAAUUACCAAGAUGGCUGCAGAGGAACAACCCUAUAAAGAAUGCGACAUGGAGAUUCCCAUGAAGUGUUUCCAGCAUCGCGGCUUGCCUGCUAUCGAGAGUGUCGAUUCUUUCGAUUGUGGAUGCAAUAAAUGCUUCGAGGAUGCUCCUCUUCUGGGUCCAAUUGCGAUGGACGUUAAGAAGAUUUCCGAAAAUAAUCUUCAAGCGAAUAUAAUCAGCAAUCCUGAAUUCAAAGUAAAUGGAACCAGUCAGGAAACAGUUAAACCGUCUACAAUUAAUAAUACUUCUCGAGACUUAGGAUCACGAACUCAAUCAAAGAUUUCUAAAACUAUAUCCGGUGCAAUUGGACAAAUAACUUCUAAAGUGCUUUCGAAUUCCAAAAUUCGAAACCAGAAUUCUGAUUCUUUAAAAACGGAAGUUGGAGUUGGAGGCAGAAUAAGUUCUUCCAAACUAUCUCAACAAAGUCAAAUUCGACGUUAGGAAACUACGACGAGAUGGGAAAUCUAAGCUGAGGAAGAACCCUAUGAAUAGUAUUUUAAAUUUGAUUGAAUAGUUUGAGAGAUAUGCCAUAAUUGACAUUUUUAGCAGUUUAAGUAAUAUUUAUACUUUAUUAAGUAAAGUGAAUUGAGACAGCCUGUAAAA